AUAUAAAUUGAAAUAUAUUUUUAAUUGAAAUUAGAACCAUUACAAGACGAUAGCUCCGUUGACUUUUCUGUCAUUUCAUCUAAUUCAAUGGCAGAGUCAAGAGUUGCAGUAGUCACUGGCUCGAACAAAGGGAUUGGGUUUGAGAUCUGCAGGCAACUUGCUAAUAAUGGGAUAACUGUGAUACUAACAGCGAGAGAUGAGAAGAAGGGUCUUGAAGCUGUCGAAAAGCUCAAGGCAGAGAAUGGUUUUUCUGAUCAAGCCCUCGCCUUUCACCAACUUGAUGUCUCCAAUCCAGACAGCAUCGCUUCUCUUGCUGGUUUUAUAAAGACCCACUUCGGGAAACUCGAUAUCCUGGUUAAUAAUGCCGGAGUUGGAGGGGCAAAUGUGAAUGUCGAUGUUCUCAAAGCUCAAAUUGCCGAGGCUGGUGCACCCACCGAUAUUUCAAAGAUAAUGAGCGAUACAUAUGAGAUAGUGGAGGAGUGUAUUAAGACAAACUACUACGGGGUAAAGCGAAUGUGCCAGGCCAUGAUUCCUCUCCUUGAAUCAUCUCAUUCCCCAAGAAUCGUCAGCAUUGCUUCCACCAUGGGAAAGUUAGAGAAUGUGUCAAAUGAAUGGGCAAAAGGAGUGCUGAGUGAUGCUGAGAACCUAACGGAAGAGAAAAUAGAUCAAGUGAUCAAUGAGUACCUCAAGGAUUACAGAGAAGGUUCAUUACAAGUCAAAGGUUGGCCAACAGUAAUGUCUGGAUACAUACUAUCAAAAGCUGCAGUGAUAGCAUUGACACGAGUUUUGGGCAAGCAGAAGAAAUCAUUCAUCAUCAAUUGUGUUUGUCCUGGUUUCGUUAACACUGAAAUCAACUUCAACACUGGGAUUUUGAGCGUUGAAGAAGGUGCUGCGAGUCCUGUGAGACUUGCUUUGGUCCCUAAUGGACACCCAUCUGCUCUUUUCUUUGAUCGCACUGAUGUCUCCAACUUCUGACCUCCCUUUUUUUUUGUUUCCUUGUCUCUCCAACAAUUGGCACUAAAACACAACCCCAUCGUGUUUGAAUAAGCGUCCUGUAUUUUAACGCUUUUGGCAAAUGGGCCAUCAGAAAGGCCCAUUUAUGCUCGAA